CGUGUGUGUGUGCGCGCGCGUGUUUGUGCCGGAUUAUUUGUGCAGUUUCAAGGAUUGUGACUGCGGGUUUGUCUCCUUGUGCAAAUGGUGCGGGAUCCACAUCGCUCCCUCCCACUCCCCCCUUGAGAGAAACGUGAGCAGAAUCCAAACGACCGGGAAGUGACGGUCGCCCAACGGAACAUUCUUCCCUGGGCUCGUCCCGUGACGUCAGCAAGGAUCCGCGCUCCCAUUGGCCCGAGCGUCCCCUAAAAGGCACGCGCGGCCCGCCGACCCGCAUCCCGCUGAAAGAUGUGGCGUGUGUCGUGGUCUUGUCAGCUGCUGGUGGCGGUGGUGGCGUCCUCGGCGUGGUGCUCGGAGCCAGAGAGCGCGGAGGCGGCUCCGCGCCGCGCCCGCUUCUCCUCCAACAGCCCCGCGGAGGUGGCGCGCUGCCUGAACGGCGCGGUGGCGGUGGGUUGCGGAUUCUUCUCCUGCCUGGAAAACUCUACGUGCGACACGGACGGGAUGCACGAGAUCUGCGAGCUGUUCCUGCAAGCUGCCGCCACCUUCGAUACGGAGGGCAAGACGUUUGUGAAGAAGAGUCUGCACUGCGUGGCCCAGGGCAUCGGCAGCAAAGUGUUCCAGACCAUCCGCCGCUGCAACAUCUUCCAGAGGAUGAUCGCCGAGGUGCAGGAGGAAUGCUUGGUGGCGCACGACAUCUGCGGUGCGGCGCGCCGAAACCCGCAAGCCUUCGCCGACGUGGUGCAAGUGCCCACGCACUUCCCCAACAGGUACUACAGCACGCUGCUGCAGACGCUGCAGGCGUGUGACGAGCAGACGGUGGCGGCGGUGCGCACGGGCCUGCUGGGGCGUUUGGGCCCCGACGUGGAGACCUUCCUGCAGAUGGUCCGCAACAAAGACUGCGAGGCGGGCGGAGCCGCCGCCGCCUUCGAAGACCCGUCCGCCUGGAGGAACGUGCCCGUCUUCAACGUGCAGCCCGGCUUCCGGGGACGCGACCCCACCCACCUCUUCGCCCGCAAGCGUUCGCUGGACCGCCAGGGACCCGCCGGCCGGCACGGGUAGAACAUGCCGCUGUACUAUGUGGGAGUAUUGGGAGGACAACAAAGCAAGCAGAAUCAGAAAAAUAAAAAAUAAGACAUCAAAAUAACGUACGUUUGAAUUCAA